AUGGCUACUAAUAUCACCUGGCACCCAAACUUGACUCACCAAGAACGUGCACAAUUGAGAAAACAACAAGGUGUAACCGUAUGGUUAACUGGAUUAUCAGCCAGUGGGAAAUCAACCAUUGCUUGUGCAUUAGAACAGUCGAUAUUGAACCGUGGAUUGAAUUCAUACAGAUUGGAUGGGGAUAAUGUCAGAUUUGGUUUAAACAAAGAUUUGGGUUUUAGCGAACAAGAUCGAAAUGAAAAUAUUCGCAGAAUUAGUGAAGUUGCUAAAUUAUUCAGUGAUUCUUGUUGUGUUACCGUGACUUCAUUUAUAAGCCCUUAUAAAGCUGAUAGAAACUUGGCUAGGGAGUUGCACGCCAAGGAUAAUUUGCCAUUUGUUGAAGUGUAUAUUGAUGUGCCUAUAGAAGUUGCUGAACAAAGAGAUCCCAAGGGAUUGUACAAAAAGGCAAGGGAAGGAAUCAUUAAGGAAUUUACUGGUAUCAGUGCUCCUUAUGAAGCACCAGAAAAUCCGGAAGUUCAUGUCAAGAACCAUUCAGGACUUUCAAUUGAAGAAGCUGCUGAACAAAUUAUCGAUUACCUUUUGGAAAAGAAAUACAUCAAUUAG